AUGGACCGGAUAUCUACUUACGUAUCGAGGAAGUCUGGCUCAUUUCCUAGCUUUAUGGCUCGAAAAAGUGAGAUAUAUCUACCGGUCACGACCAAGCCUCAACCUAAGUUUAGGGUAAAAGCGUUAUUAGGUCACUGCCUCUAUCGAAGAGUGGUGAUAUGGACUGUAGUGAUAAUCGUCUUGUUAUCAUUCACACUCUUCAACCCGAGGAUUACUGCACGAUCACGAGACGUAUUCGAUCUAGUACACGGGAAAAAAAAGAAGGAGAAGGAGAAGGAAGAAGAAGAUAAGUCCAAAGGUCCACAUUGGUUGAAGUACAAACAUCUUGACGGAUAUUAUAAUGGUCUAAGGGCUCUUGUACCAUUUUCAGCGUACCAGCCCGAAUAUCCUAAACCAUCGCCUACAGGACAGGAUUCUGAGCCUUCACCUAUUUCUCUUCAUUCCAAGCCUCCGCAACCUAGUGUAUAUCGACCUCAUCCAGACUAUGAUUCCGAUGAGUAUCAGCAGACGUACGUUCCAGUAAAACGAUGCUAUAUUGACGAGGACAACAAAAUCCCUGCUCCAGACCUAUAUGCGUACAAUGGUGUCCCGCAAGGUCAACCAAAGGCGGCUAUCGGAUCUUACGAAGCAUUAGGCCUUCGGGAAGACGUUUGUUUUGAUCGUUUUGGUCGCUAUGGGCCAUAUGGUCUUGGAUAUGACCUGGAAGUUGGCGGGACGGGCGAGGCUCUCGACACUGAGCAUGAAGGUAGUGAGACUGUCUGGGAGAAGACCGGCAGAAUUAAUUACGAGGGUGUCGACUGGGCUGCUGCGCAAGAGCGAUGCUACAUGGCCAACGAAGGUCGAUUCUUCACUGGUAACGAAACCCGAGAUUUCGAGCUAGCCCAAGCUGGUCGUCAAAGGAUGGACCGAAUUGCCAUCGUGAUACGAAUCUAUGUCGGCUUCCAGUGGACGAGCCACGCCCUUCUCAACUUCCGCGCCAUGAUUAAUGAGCUCAGCUUAAGGUCAGGUGGCGAGUACGAUAUUCAUUUUCUUCUACACGUUCGUGAUAACAACGCACCCAUCUGGGCCGACCCAUCGACAGUUCAAGGUAUCCUCGACGUCAACGUUCCUCCCGAGUUUCAUGGACUCUGCACUCUUUGGUCAGAGGCUCAAAUGAAGUUGUAUUAUCCUGGUAACUUUGGCGAGACCUUUGAGAACCCGUCGAACGGUGAUAUUCAUGGUGUUUACCGGUCCGCACACAUGCCUCUUCAGCACUUCGCGAUGAUGCAUCCUGAAUACGCGCACUUCUGGAACUGGGAAAUGGAUAUGCGUUGGACCGGAUCGUAUUAUGAAUUGUUUGAUAGACUGGGCAAGUGGGGCGCGAAGCAAAGCCGUCAAGGCAUGUGGGAGAGAGCAAGCAAAUAUUACAUACCUGGCCUACACGGAAGUUGGGAGAACUUCACAGAACUUGUCGAGCACGAAACUCGGUCAUCGGGAAAGCGGCCGAUUCUAGGACCGGUGGUCUUUACUGGAAAAGCUGGUCUAGAAGAUGGUGAUGUUUUCCUACCGUCAAGCUGCGCUACCGGGUCGGACAUGGCGCAAUGUGGCGUUGGCGAGGAUGCGGACCUCAUUACACUUAACCCACUUUUUGAUGCCGACCAGUCUGGUUGGGUAUUCGCUGGUGACGUAACUGGUUACGAUAAGCAGUACCAGAAGCCACCAAGAAGGUGUGCUAUUGUGACUGCCUCGCGUUUGUCGCGCCGCUUGUUACGUGUAAUGCACGAGGAGACGUGGCGCUUGCAUCACAGCAUGUUCAGCGAAAUGUUCCCGCCUUCUAUGGCAUUGCACCACGGCCUAAAGGCCGUGUACGCUCCUCAUCCAGUGUACUUGGACCGCGAUUGGCCCCAACAAGAGAUUGAAAAUGCCUUCAACGGUGGUCGAGACCACACUUCGGGCGGCCAUGGUUCCCCAUUCGACCUGACGAACGAGCAUAACCAUAAAGGGACAAGCUGGUACUAUAACAGUGAAUUUGCUGGGUUGUUAUGGCGUCGAUGGCUUGGCUACGCUCAAAUGGAUGGGAGAGGCAAGAAUGGCGGUCGCGCCGGCGAAGGCACCAAGAGAGGCGGACAGAAGGAGGAAGAAAACCCGAAGAACUCUGGACGAUUAUGCCUGCGCAGCAUGCUAGUACACCCGAUUAAGUGGGAGAAUCCUGCCGAGCAGGACUAG